ACGGCACUAUGAUGUAAAGUGAAAUAAUAUAUUUCCUUACAAGUUACGACAUAGAUCAAGUACUUCUCUAUUACGUCUAAGUGGAGAAGAAAAGGAAAGGCGCCUAACACUGCUCUGCAUCAGUUAGGGGGCAAUGUAGUUAACAUCCGAACAACUCAAUUUCAUCAUAUCCGCUCACAUUUACUGAAGAAGAAACACUUGCUCUUAGCAGUGCAAAGAGCUGCAAGCUGUUUAAGCUCGGCUCUACGUUCAGGGUUUUGAAAGCUUCUGCAAGCCUGCAAUAAUCCGUCGAUCCGCUCUGCACGAGCUUCCAAAGCCUUCUUCCUGCCCCUAAUACAGUCCGUUGUUCAUUUAUUAAUUUUAAGGUAUGGCAGUCCCCCUGGAAGAUGCCGUGGCAGCUCUCUCCACAUUCUCUUUGGAGGAUGAUCAACCAGAUGUACAAGGACUAUCUGUUAUUUUAUCAACUGGAAGAUGUGCAACUCAAAGUCCAAUAGGUGGUUAUGAGGAUGUUCCCGCUUAUCGUUUAUCUUUGAUGGAGGAUACAAAAUCUAUUAAUCAGCUGAAUGUGCUGGUUCAAGAGGGAAAGGAGAUGGCAGCUGUUCUCUACACCUAUCGCAGCUGUGUUAAAGCUCUUCCUCAGCUACCAGACUCUUUGAAGCAAAGUCAAGCAGAUUUGUACUUUGAAACUUACCAAGUCUUAGAUUUGGAAAUCAGUCGGCUUCGUGAAAUCCAACGAUGGCAAGCAUCAGCGGCAUCUAAACUCGCAGUUGACAUGCAACGUUUUUCUCGGCCAGAGAGAUUAAUCAAUGGACCUACAAUAACCCAUAUGUGGUCCAUGCUUAAGCUGCUUGAUGUUUUGUUGGAGCUUGAUCAUUUGAAAAAUGCAAAAGCUAGUAUACCUAAUGAUUUCUCUUGGUACAAAAGGACAUUCACACAAGUUAGUAGCCAAUGGCAAGAUACAGAUUCAAUGAGGGAGGAGUUGGAUGAUUUGCAGAUAUUUCUGAGUACAAGAUGGGCUAUUCUACUGAACAUACAGGUGGAACUCUUUCGAGUGAAUAAUAUUGAGGACAUACUUCAGAUGCUUAUCAUUUUUUGCAUCGAAUCAUUGGAGACAGUCUCUGCUCUGUUAUUCUCAGAGCGUCAUGCUCUUCUGAGAGUGCUACCUGUUCUUGUGGUUUUAGCAACAUCAUCUGAAAAGGAAGGGGACACAAUAUUUAAAAAAAUAAAGAUAACUCGCCUCAUUAACAUAUUCAAGAGGGAUCCUGUUAUUCCAGCUUUUCCAGAUCUUCAUCUUGCACCUGCUACAAUGCUGAAAGAACUCUCUUCAUAUUUCCAGAGAUUCUCAAGCCAUAGUCGUUUAAUUUCUCUUCCUGCACCACAUGAAAUUGGGCCACGUGAAGCAUUGGAGUAUCAGCGACACUAUUCUGUCCUCCAUCAUAUUGGCAUGAUCCGCUCAGAACAUGACGACUUUGCAUUGCGUUUUGCAGCUGCAAAGAAUCAGCUUUUACUUCUGAAGUCUUCACAGGGCAUUGAUCUUGAAAGGAACAGGGAAGUCAAGUGCAAUAUGUAUGGUAUAGUUGUUGAAGGUUUUCAAAUACUUAGCAGGUGGAUUGGCCAUGUUUGGGAGCAAUGUGCAUGGAAGUUCUCCAGGCCUUCUAAGGAUUCUAUUCCUCUUGAUCCAGAUGAUCGUUCUGCAAAUGUUUCAGAUUAUGAGAAGGUUGUUCGAUGCAAUUAUUCUUAUGAAGAGAGAAGGGCAAUGGUUGAGCUCACUAGCUAUAUUAAAGGAAUUGGCGCAAUGAUGCAGAAAUCUGAUACAGUGAUUGCAGAUGCUUUGUGGGAAGCAAUUCAUGCUGAGGUUCAGGAUUUUGUGCAAAAUAAGCUGGCAAUUAUGCUGAGAACAACGUUUAAAAAGAAGAAGGAUCUUUCACGGAUUUUAUCAGACAUGAGGACAAUAGCAGCAGAUUGGAUGGCAAACACAAUCAGGCCUGAAACUCAUCAAAAUGCUUCAAGACGAGGAGGUGAUGACAACAAUGGGGUAUCUUUCCAGCCAAGGCCUGUGGCACCAACAGCUGCUCAGGUACAUUGCUUGCAAUUUUUGAUACACGAGCUUGUGUCUGGUGACAAUCCAAAGAAGACUGGAGGCCUAUUUAAAAACAAUGAUAUAGAGAUUCCUUUGAAAGAUAUGAGGGAACUAGAGAUAUUCUUUCACAAGCUAACCUUUUUCACUCAUAUCUUGGACUAUUCCGCCACAAUAGUGAACCUAACAGAUCUCGGUUUCCUUUGGUUUAGAGAAUUUUACUUGGAAACUUCUCGUGUGAUUCAGUUUCCUAUAGAGUGCUCUUUGCCAUGGAUGUUGGUGGACCAGAUUAUAGAAUCUCAAGAUGCAGGGCUUUUAGAGAGCCUUUUAAUGCCAUUCGAUAUAUACAAUGAUUCUGCACAACAUGCACUUCAUGUGCUGAAACAGCGGUUUCUUUAUGAUGAAAUUGAGGCUGAGGUAGAUUUAUGCUUUGAUCAACUAGUUUUCAAACUCAGUGAGAAUAUAUUUGCAUACUACAAGAGUCGUGCUGCCAGCAAGUUACUUGAUCCAGCAUUUCUAUUUGCCUCUGACAAUGCAGACAAGUAUGAUGUCACACCUAGACGGUAUGAUGCCUUGUUUAAGAUGCGGCGUGUUAAGCUGCUAGGCAGAAGUAUCGAUCUUAGAUAUUUGAUUGGCCAAAGGAUGAACAAAAUUUUCAGAGAAAACAUUGAUAUCUUGUUUGAACGUUUUGAAUCCCAGGAUAUAUGCGCUGUUGUGGAGUUGCAGCAGCUGUUUGACGUCUUAAGGCUUACUUAUCAGCUCCUCAAAGAAUAUUUAACAAUGGACCCUUUCCGUGUCAUGUUAAAUGAGAUGUCUGAGAAUAUUUCCCUUGUCUCAUUUUCUGGUCGACUUGCCUCCCAGAUUUUUGCAGAGAUGCAAAAUGAUUUUUUGUUGAAUUUCAUCUUCUGCAAUACCACCCAACGUUAUAUUCGAUCAUCAAAAGUGUGCCAAAGGCCAAUACAGCGGCCACCUAUUCCUCAUGCAAAAUCUAGUUUUUACUGUGGAUCAUCUGAAUUGAACAUGGCAUAUCAAGCUUUUGCCCAAUUGUAUAGCAAAUUCUUUGGCUUACCUCACAUGCAUGCAAUAGUCAAACUGUUAGGUUCAAGAUCACUUCCUUGGCUUGUUCGGGCACUUCUUGACCUGCUUGCACACAAGAUUACAUCUCUUGUACCAAAUGUUACUGAAUUACAAGAGUCAUUGCCAAAAUCCAUGGGUCUCCUUUCUUUUGAUGGAGGAGUUGCAGGUUGUUUGAAAGUUAUACAAGAGCAAAUAACAUGGGUUUCUAGUUAUCAAAGGAAAGGGGAAGUCCUCCAUUGUUUGAAGGAAAUUGGCACCAUGGUUUCAUGCAUGAGUCUCCUAGAUACAGUUUUGAGGGAAGUUGAAACGACACAGUUCAUGCAAAUAGCACCAUGGUUGGGAAUACUACCUGGAAAGGAUGGCCAGGCACAACAGAUUCUUGCAGAAGAUGGAAAUAGUCCCGUUAUAAGUCUUUUCAAAUCUGCGACAAAUGCAGUCAUUUCUCUUCCAGAUUGUUUAAGCCCAUCCUCUUUUCUUACAAUGUGCAAACAAGCUGAAGCUGCUGAUUCAUUUUACGCAAGCAGUAUACAGACAGGAAGUGUUUUGGACUACACUCUUGCUUUCAUGAGUGCAUCCUUGGAUACAGUUCGUGGCAAAUGGGAUCCAUCUCCAAAGACAGGUUUCAUAGACAUUACCUCAUCAAGGGAGUUCUCUCGCAUAUACAGUGGUCUUCAGUUUAUGUUUUGUGGAGAGCCAAUUGAAGAGUCAAUAAGCAAUCAACAACAAUUUGGUGAUUCAGUAGCAUGGGGAGGCUGUACAAUAACAUACUUGCUCGGUCAACAACUUCACUUUGAAUUAUUUGAUUUUGUAUAUCAAAUGCUAAAUAUUGCAGAGUCAGAGAGUGUAACAACAGCUUAUCCAACUAUGUUAGAACGAUCAAAACAAGUACACUAUGGACAGGAUUUGGAUAUGUUUCUGGAAAAUGCUAAAAAGGCAAGAAGGUUAAAUAAUCAUGUUUUCUCAAUGUUGAAAGCACGUUGCCCCCUUGAAGAUAAAAUGGCAUGUGCAAUCAAACAAAGUGGUGCCCCAGUACUUAGAAUGAAAUACUCCAACACCUUAUCUGCAUUUGAAACAUUGCCACAAAAAGCUCGUUUUAUGGAUCCACUGAGCAAAGAGCAUAGCAAGUUAUCAACUCCUUGAUCUUCUAAGUAUAGACUGGAUUCCUCGUAGAUUGCAUGGGUUAAGGAGCUACCCAACGAGUUGUUUUAUAUUGGAGUAUUUGGGAUGGCUAAUAUCAGCGGCCGUCAUGCGAGAAUUUUCUAUCUUUGUUGGCUUUUAGAUAUCUUGAAUUUCUCUUUUUACCUUUCAAGGUAUAUAUAGUUUUGUAAAGCAUAUUUCUUUAAAUGUAGUAGAGAUCUUUCUUUUGUGUCACACGGGCCUUACGUUUAUCGGUUCUAAAGACACGGGGCAACUUGACAAGGUCUCGAAAGCCAUUGUAAUGACUUGUUCAUUGACAUUAUGGUUCAUUUAUUUGGAAAAUAUAUAUCUAAGAUACACUUUGCUAGUAAAUAAUUCA